CAGGCGCAGUAAACUGACCUUCUCCGCGGCCUCGUAGCUCGUCCUGGAGCCCGAGGAACAGGACCUUGAAUGUUUUUCAUUUGAUUUUCUGCGGUUGUUUUAUUAAACAGAGACACAGCCAUGCCCACAACGCUGGAAGUCCCCUCCUUGCAGGAGCUGAAAGUGGACGAGAUCAACGUUUCCUCUGCAGUGCUGAAGGCUGCUGCCCACCAUUAUGGCUCCCAGUGUGACAAACCCAACAAGGAGUUCAUGCUCUGCCGCUGGGAGGAGAAGGACCCCAGGAAGUGUCUAGAAGAAGGGAGGAAAGUCAACGAGUGUGCGCUCAACUUCUUCAGGCAAAUCAAGGGAAACUGCGCAGAGUCCUUCACGGAGUACUGGACCUGUCUGGAUUUUUCAAAUUUGACAGAACUGCGCCGUUGCCGUGAUAAACAGCAAACCUUCGACAGCUGCACCCUUGAGAAGCUAGGCUGGCAGAGACCUGAGCUGGGAGAGCUGUCUAAGGUGACCAAAGUGGCGACCGAGCGGCCCCUCCCUGUGAACCCGUACCACUCUCGGGAACGUCCUGAGCCCAACGCGGUCAUCGAGGGUCACCUUGAGACUUCCAAACAUGGCAGCAGGUUAUCCUUCUUUGGCUGGUGAGGCAGUCACCUGCAAAACCAGGGGCUCUGUCCAAAAGCAUCGAGACUACCCUUCACCAUCGAUACAUCAAUUACACUUCAAAAGGUUUAAAAGGAUGCAGACACUAGCAGUAAGGAGGCUGGUGUCUGCACCCUUUAAAUGUGUAAGGGGUGCGGGUUGGUUUUGGACAGGGCUCAUGUCCCAGCAGUCUUUUCAUCAGCUGCAGCAUCGUCAAGCUGUUGGAUAAAGGACAGUAGUAUGGAUAAGUGUGUAAACAAAGUCCAUGAAACUUUCCUGACCACUUCUGUAAAUGUAAUGAGUGAACAAAUGCAACAUGCUGUAUAGUGUUGUCAAAUAAUAAAAAGAUAAAUUAUCA